UUGAACUUCAAAAGGUUAUAAUCAGUGUUGCAGUAAAAGAUAGUAAAUAGACAGUAUCCGCAGUUACUUUACAGUGCAGGGGGAGUGUCUAGAUAUUUGUCUCGCAGUUCAAAAGGAGUGUCUAACAGAGGAUGAUCUUGUAUCGGGUCAAUCUAUAUCAGAACACUCCCGACAACAUCCAGUCUGAAGAAUAUGAUUAUCUGCAAUACACAGAUGAAGCUUCUCUGCUUAAUCCUACUAUUUAAAGUUUUGGAAUCUCAGAUGGUUCUACAGCAGCCUCAGGACGUUGUGUUUGUUGAUGUGGGAGGAACAGUGAGGAUCUCCUGUGUGGCCAAUCGAACCCUGGAUACAGGAGGUGGAGUUUCCUGGUACAGGAGAACAUGGAGAGUGGGAGAGGCGCCUGAGAGAAUAGUGUUUUGCUCAAAUCAGUCUGACAGACAUAAGUGCAAACUCGCAUCUGAUAAACAUAAAACAGAUCUGGAGAUACACAAUGUGCAGAGAAAUGAUUCAGGAGUGUAUUACUGUGCAUCUGAGUAUGGGAGAAUGAUCUUUGCUAAUGGAACAACUCUUAUUGCUGGAGACAGUUCCACAUUUAGAAGUUCAGUUCACCUACUGGGACCUUCCCAUGUCCUUUUACCCAACAAAUCUGUCCAGUUGGUCUGUAUCAUACAAGAGGCUCAGCACAUGGUCCAUGUAGUUUGGAACAUCUCUGGGACUAAUCACUCAGGGAGAAUGAUUGCUAUGGAACAUACUGGUGGGACCUGGACAUUUCUUAACUACAUCACAGUUCCCCAAGACAAAUGGAACCAAGGGGAGGAUUUGAUUUGCAAUGUUUGGUUUAAUUCCACUCCAAUCAGCAUGAAAAGAAAGAUUACUAAAACAGGGAUCAAAGGAAAUAAAUCUAAUAGGAAAAGCAUUGACAUUGAAGAAAGGGAAACUGAUUCUCAGCAUCUCAGGCUGCUCAACAUGCCCAAUGUUCCACAGGUUUUGGCAAACAGGACUUGA